GCCAUGUAGAUGCAUGUACAGAAGAAAACAGCACAUGGUGAGAAAUUAUGGCAACAGAAAUCAUAGACUGAGGAAGACAUCAGAAUAAAUGAACACAGUAUAAUCAGGGCCGUAUCUUCCUAUUUCUGUGAGGGAGGAAAAGACACCAAAUUCAGUAGCAGAAGGAUGUCAAUUUCCAAAUCACAUUGCUGAGUGGAAAAAUAAGGAAUAUGGUAAUGAAAUCUGCACUGUGGUUAAAUUACAGUACAGCAAGAUGCAGAAAGUGGGGGGACAAGAGAAGAUGUAGGACGUGGUUGAAUACUCGUAUAAUGAUUACAAGAGCACAGAAAAGAAGGGCUUGAGAAGAAAACAAAUUUCACUUAACAUUUCUAGAGCUUGAAGAAACAUUAAGACAUUUGGGAGAAAAUACAGGAAAGACAGACAAUAAUUAUUGUUACUCUUUCUUACUGACUCAUUCUUGAGACUGACACAAAACUAGAGGAGCUACAGAUUGCUGACAGGAACAGCUGAAAGACCACUCUGUCAGUCCCUGCUACCCAGUGCUUAUUAACAGGUCCUGUGGCCUCAAAUUCUUUGAUUUGACAGAGCUAGCAUCUAAUUGUUCUUCUACGGUGCACAGCUUGCCUAGCUCAUCACAAAUUAGUUGAGGAAGGAACAGGGAGAAAUUCUUUCUGCACUGUUCACAUCACACCCCUAUACCUGUAUAGGAACUUGUUCAUUGCAGCAGAAAUGCUAAGUCACAGCUUGAAACAGUAACUGAGCAUCUGGGAAGGCAGGGCCACCCAGGGGAGUUCAGGUGCAUGCAUCUGGAUCCUGGCUCCACCCCUUCCCAGACAUCAUUUAAGGGUUAGCAGGGAAGCAGUAUCUUGCUGGUGGUCCCUGCUUACCUGAGGCCUUACGAGGAUGUUUUGUGUUGACUCUUAAAUUUUACAAAUGUUUGUGGCUGCUCAUUUGACAUGGAAUGGACAUUUCUCAUAAGCCCCAUGGAGGUUACUAAGCCUACACCCGAGUCCAAAUCACAUCAUGAGAUAAAGAUAACUCUGCAUAGUGAAGAAGCCUUCUAGAUGAUGAAACAACAUAUAGAAAGCUGUGUGUGUGCAGAAGUUGUUGCUGCUGUGGAUGUGAACACUCUCGCCAAUGAAGUUUAUAAACACAACUUUCCCAGCACACCAUUAUGGGCAAAGACAAUUGAGGGCAUUACACUGAAAGAAUUUGACAGAUUAUCUUUUGAUAUGAUUUUGAUGAGUCCUCCCUGCCAGCCAUUUACAAGAAUUGGCCUACAAGGUGAUGUAUCUGAUCCGCGGACAAAGAGCUUUCUUUAUAUUCUUGAUAUUCUCCCAAGGCUCCAGAAGCUUCCAAAAUACCUACUUUUAGAAAAUGUUAAAGGGUUUGAAUCUUCUUCUGCAAGAAAUGAACUUCUGCGAACGCUAGAAACAUGUGGAUUUAAAUAUCAAGAAUUUCUCUUGUCUCCAACCUGUCUUGGCAUUCCCAAUUCUAGGUUGCGGUAUUUUCUAAUUGCAAAGCUUCACCACGAGCCAUUUUUCUUUCAUGUUCCUGGUCAGAUAUUGACAAGAUUCCCAGAUCAGAAUCUAGAAGAGUUGUCCAAGGAUGAAGUUGUUGACAAAGCAAGUUCUUCCUUGCCUUCUGGAGAAAAGAGUCUAGUUUCAAAUAUUGGUUCUGAUUGCAGCAGCAAGAAUGGACGCUUGACAAAAGAGGCCUUUCUUUUUAAGCUUGAAACAGCAGAAGAAAUGGUAAGGAAGCAUAGUCAAGACAAUGAUCCCUCUAUUCAGAGGUUACAAGAUUUCCUGGAAGAUGAGAAUGAAGAGAUGAGUCAGUAUUUUUUAGCACCCAAGUCCUUGGUACGCUACGCUUUCUUGUUAGACAUUGUUAAACCCGCUUGCCGAAGAUCCACAUGCUUUACAAAAGGGUAUGGGCACUAUGUAGAAGGGACAGGCUCAGUUCUGCAGACAGCAGUAGAUGUGCAGCUUGAAUCAGUGUUUAAGCACAUUGAGAACUUAACAGAAGAAGAGAAGCUUAUGAAACUGUCAACGCUAAAACUGAGGUAUUUUACUCCAAGAGAAAUAGCAAAUCUGCAUGGAUUCCCUCCAGAAUUUGGCUUUCCUGACAAAGUAUCAAUAAAGCAACGCUACCGUCUUCUGGGAAAUAGCCUCAACGUACAUGUGGUGGCAAAAUUGAUCUCCAUUCUACUCGGAUAAUUUAGAACCUGAAUUGGAUGACUAUGGAUUGGUGACAGAAAAUACUUCAGUCUUUUAUGAGCAAGCUGAUGGCAGCUUAACAAAAAUCAGAACUAAAAUAUACGUCUAGAUAUUCUGCUAAACAGUUCUGAUAUGUUUAAAUACCUUUCAUUCAUGGUGGAUUUGCACUCCAGACGUCCUCUAUUGAAAUGGAAGUUUCCAGGAAUUAAUUGCUCUUUUUAGAUAUUGGUUUUACUUUGCAAAUGAAAAACAGCAGAAAUAAUUACAUAUGUAUCUCAAUAAAAAUGGAGAAAACAAUUUUAUCUGAAAGCUAUUCUCAGUACCAUAUAAAAAGGCUGUAAAUGUCAAAGCUGCUUUCAUUAAGUGCAAAGACAAGUUUCCGCAGGUAAAAUGCUUUCAUUUGUAAACAACAGCAAUCCAUUCCGAACAGAUUUAUUGUAUAUAUGAUCUAAUUAUUUUUUUAAAAUCUAAUGAAAGUGUUAAACUCAGUAUGUUAUGUAGACUUUUUAAGAAGACUCAUUGUAGUUUAGUUUUGUCUGAUCCUGUCUAACUACUUUCAGGUUUCUGGAAGUCAAAUGUGUCUGUUUUGUAUGAUUUGUUCUGCUGAAUAAAAAUAUUUCAAGAUUAUCAUAACCCUGACAACAACUUGGCUGUUUCUGUUCUCACUCACAUUAU